CGGCUAGAGGUCAGAGGAGGAGGAGGCGGCACCGGCUAGAGUAGGUAGAGGCAUCGUCUAGAGGUGAGAGGAGGAGGAGGCACGGAGUAGAGGUGGGAGGAGGUGGAGGCACAGUGUGUACGUGAUGCUGGGACAGAAGGGCAGGGCAGGGCAGUGAGAUAAUCCCCUGACACAGCAGCUUCUUAUCUCUGCCUCAUAUAUAGCAGCAGCGGCAGCGGCAACACUCUCUCCGCCGGGCACACAGCGACCAGCACCGCCCGCCUCCGCCACCUGCCGGCUCCAGCUCCGUAUCCUCCGAUAUCAUCGUCCGCUCACCCUGGCUGAGAGCCUGCCCGCUGCCAUAUGCCCCCCGGAGCCGGGCACACAGCUGCACCCCGGGCACCAUCCUCCUUCUCCUCCCCGGGCACACAGCUGACGCUACCGGCAGCCCCUCUCACCGAGGCACAGAGCUGACACCCGGGCGGGCACCAGGCGUCCCUCUCCCCCUCCUCCCCGAGCACAGAGCUGACACCCCUGGCAGUGGGCACCCCUCCUCCCUGGGCACAGAGCAGACCCCCCUGCAGUGGGCACCGGGCACCCCUCUCCCCCCUGGGCACAGAGCAGACCCCCCUACAGUGGGCACCCUUCUCCCCCCUCCUCCCCAGGCACAGAGCUGACACCCCUGGCAGUGGGCACCCCUCCUCCCCGAGCACAGAGCAGACCCCCCUGCAGUGGGCACCGGGCACCCCUCUCACCCCUCCUCCCUGGGCACAGAGCAGACCCCCCUGCAGUGGGCAUCGGGCACCCCUCUCCCCCCUCCUCCCUGGGCACAGAGCAGACCCCCCUGCAGUGGGCAUCGGGCACCCCUCUCCCCCCUCCUCCCUGGGCACAGAGCAGACCCCCCUGCAGUGGACACCGGGCACCCCUCUCCCCCCUCCUCCCCGGGCACAGAGCAGACCCCCCUGGCAGUGGGCGCCGGGCACCCCUCUCCCCCCUCCUCCCUGGGCACAGAGCAGACCCCCCUACAGUGGGCACCGGGCACCCCUCUCCCCCCUCCUCCCCAGGCACAGAGCUGACACCCCAGGCGGGCACCAGACGCCAUGGGCCGCUACACCGGGCAGAGCUGCCGCCUCAUCUCCAUGCUGGUCAUCACCGCCAUCUUCUUCGUGGUGGAGCUGGUCUCCGGGUACCUGGGCAACUCCAUCGCCCUCAUCUCCGACUCCUUCAACAUGCUGUCCGACCUGAUCUCCCUGUGCGUGGGCAUCACAGCCUCCCGGGUGUCCCGGCGCCGCAGCCGAGGCCCCCGGGCCACCUAUGGUUACCCGCGGGCAGAGGUGGUGGGCGCCCUGUGUAAUGCCGUCUUCCUUACCGCCCUCUGCUUCACCAUCCUGGUGGACUCUGUGCUGCGCCUGGCCACGCCCCAGAGGAUCGACAACGUGGAGCUGGUGCUGAUCGUGGGGGCCCUGGGCCUGGGGGUCAACAUCGUGGGGCUGCUGGUCUUCCAGGACUACGGCGCUUGUGUGCGCUUCUUCUUCAGACGCAAAGCUGGCGCAGAGUCUGAGCUGAGUGUCCCCUCCGGCAGUGCAGAGAUCAGUCAGGGGCCCGGGGCCACAGAAGACGGCAGAGCAGGUGACUCUUUAGAUGAAGAAGACCCCGAUCUGGAGGAUGGGAAAGAUCAGAGCAAUAAGAAAGCAGCUGCCCUGAACAUUAGAGGGGUCCUGCUUCACGUGAUGGGGGACGCUCUGGGGUCCGUUGUGGUCGUAGUGGCUGCUGUCAUAUUUUACGUGAAACCUUUGGCCGCGGACGCACCGUGUAACUGGCAGUGCUACAUUGAUCCCAGUCUUACAGUCGUCAUGGUCGCCAUCAUUUUAUUCUCCGCGUAUCCCCUCAUCAGAGAAACAGCCACCAUUCUGCUCCAGAUGGUCCCCAAAGGUGUCAGUGUUGGAGACAUCGGUCAGAAAGUCGCGCAGGUGCCGGGAGUGAGAAGUAUACAUGAGAUCCAUAUCUGGGAGCUCGCCAGUGGAAAGAACAUUGCAACUCUUCAUGUUAAGUUCCAUUUCCUGUCAGACUACAUGGCAGCCAAUCGCGACAUCCGUAACAUCUUCCAUGCGGAGGGAGUUCACGCGGUGACUCUUCAGGCCGAGUUUACAGAUGAGAAGGACGUGUCCUUAGCGUGCGACGCACCCUGCAUCUCCAAGAAGUGCGACCCAAACCUCUGCUGCAGCCAGGAGCUGAUCCCGUUCACUGAAUCCAACGGUCACGCCCUGAAGAAGGGCAAAUCCUCCCAGGUAUGGUACAGAAGUAAUGAGCUGGACACUGGGGUCCAGAUUACUAUUGGCUCCCGGGACGCAGGACCUCCUGAAGGAAAGGAAGUUGCAAAUGGUUUAAUUUCAGAAAUGGAGGCACUAAGUUCCAGAUCCACUCGGUUGUAACCUGCUGACAUGAGGCUGUGACCGGCCAUUUACACGAGGACCGAAUGCCUUACGCAGUGCAAGCUGUCUCCUCGUGCUUGUGACACACUUGUCCUAUGUAAGACAGUAACUGGCAAAGCCGACACGAUGGAUGUAUAGAUAAUACAACAUGAUAAAUGCACAUAUGAAGAACAAAUGACAGCGCACAAAUAUAUGAUCAAAGACUUCACUGCAUUGUGUUAUAGUGUAUACAGCUGAGACUGGACAUUUUCCCCCUAGGCCGUGCACUGGUCUCACACCUGUAUACACGUCUGUUGGGGGCUCAUUAAUGUUACAGGAUGGGUCUUAGAUUUGUCCAAUGUCACCGGAACUGUAACAUAUCGGAAACCGUUAUCGUCUAGCGACACCUAACACUUCCUUUGUUUUACAUUGUGUAACAUUUGCUGUUAUAGAGAGAAAUGUGUCUUCCUCAGGUGUCACGUUAGGGACCUUUAUUUCACAUAGUGCAGGUUCCGCUUAAUGCUGAAAAUAUUCAAAUGACGACCAUCUCUGGGCAAAUCGGUUUAUUAUCUGGGCAACCUCGGACUCUUUUUUGCAACGUCAUUCAGAAUUCCAGCUCGUUUGAUCCGUUAGUUGUCCGGCUUUAUAGUUUGGAUUUUCCUAGAAAUUAGACCAUCCCAGCAAUGUGUCCCUAUGUGCACUGUACUGAUUUACACUGCACUUGUUCUACUUAUAUAUUACAGGUUUUCUGUGUAAAUAUAUAUUUUUAUGUCUUUUGUCUUCAGAACUCAGGUUUUUGUUACUAAUUAAUUUCUGUCCUUUGUUCUCCACAUUCAAUCUGUCUCAUGUUACAUACAUCUAAGAAACAUCCGGAAUACAACCAAACGUUACACAAGACACAGCAAAUACUCUAAUCCACAGGUUCUCAAACUCGGUCCUCAGGACCCCACACAGUGCAUGUUUUGCAGGUCUCCUCACAGAAUCGCAAGUGAAAUGAUUAGCUCCACCUGUAGACCUUUUAAAAUGUGUCAGUGAGUAAUUAAUUCACCUGUGCACCUGCUGGGUUACCUGCAAAACAUGCACUGUGUGGGGUCCUGAGGACCGAGCUUGAGAACCUGUGCUCUAAUCCAUGCUCUCAUUAUCUCCCGCAUUGAUUAUUGUAAUAGUCUCCUGACCGGUCUUCCCAAAUAUAGGCUCUCACCACUACAAUCCAUUCUGAAUGCAGCUGCGAGGCUAAUCUUCCUCGCUAGACGUUCAUCGUCUGCAGAUCCGCUCUGUCAGUCCCUCCAUUGGUUACCGGUAUUCUACCGUAUUCAAUAUAAAAUACUUUUACUCACAUACAAGGCCAUUAACCAAACUACACCAACAUACAUCUCUUCACUUAUCUCAUAAUAUCUCCCAACCCGACCUCUCCGCUCUGCACAAGAUCUACGUCUCUCAUCCACACUCGCUCCCAAGCACGAUUACAGGACUUUCUCCAGGCUGCACCCACUCUGUGGAAUGCCCUCCCACGCACAAUAAGACUCUCCUCUAGUCUCCAAACCUUCAAGUGUUCCCUGAAAACUCAUCUCUUCAGGCAGCUUAUCACAUUCCAGAACCGGCCACAUAACUUUCAUAAGUUUUCCUAUCCGAUUAUAUCCCCUCUGUACAGUCCACACACAUCCUCACAUAUCUUCUUUCUUUACUUUUUCUUCCUCUUACCCUGGUUCAUCAUUGCUGUGAUGUGAUAACAGGCAGCCCACCUAGAACCUCUGCAAUCUGAUGGACAACUAUGUAAUAGAUAGCACCCAUCCUUAUCUAUUAAUGCCUCUUUCCCUAUAGAGUGUAAGCUUGUGAGCAGGGCCCUCCUACCUCUGUGACUGUUUGUUGUUAUCCAGUUUUGUUUUAUCAUUGUGUCCAAUUGUAAAGCGCACUGGAAUUUGCUGCGCUAUGUAAGAAACUGUUAAUAAAUAAAAUAAAUAGUCUCCAAACCUUCAA